UGUGGACUCGCUGGAACUGAAGGCUUCGGGAUGCUGGAAGUGACGGCGCUCCUGGCGGUGACUGUGGUUGUGGCGGUCACGGCCGUGGUCGUGUCCAGGAAGUGGCGCCUCUGGAGCGAGAUAGAUAAGCUCCCUGGAGCGGUGGCCAUACCCUUGCUGGGCAAUACCUACAAGGUUCUCUUCCUCCCUCGUGAAGAUCUAAUUGCUUUCGCGGACGAACAAACCAAGAAGUACUGGCCCAUACAUCGAACAUGGCUUGGUCCUAGACCGGAAGUCCACAUAAGCAAACCAGAGCAUCUUGAGAAAAUAAUGGCGAGCAGCGAACUGAUAACUAAGGCAGACAGCUACAGUUUCCUUCACCCGUGGUUGGGGGACGGCCUUCUCACUAGCACAGGGAAGAAGUGGCAUUCUCACCGUAAGAUGAUAACGCCCGCCUUCCACUUCAGCAUCCUGGACAAUUUCGUAGAAGUGUUCGCAGAGAAAGCUGAGGUUUUGGUAAACUUGCUCAAGACGAAAGCUGACGGGCAGUCAUUCGACAUUUACCCCUACAUCACACGCUGUGCUCUCGACAUAAUAUGUGAAACUGCUAUGGGGACUUCAAUCGACGCACAGCACAACAUCGAUUCUGAUUAUGUAGCAGCGGUGUAUAAUAUUGCCGAGCUUACAAUCAAGAGAGUCGUCAGGCCGUGGCUUCUGAGUGACUUCAUCUUCCGCAUGUCUCCGACGGGGAAGAAGUUCUACAAGCAGCUGGAUGUUCUACACGGAUUUACCAGGAAGGUCAUUCAACAAAAGAAGCAGUCGAGAAAGGCCAAAAAAAGUGAUGAAAAGGCGGCACAGUACGAUGAUCUGGGGAGAAAGCGGCGUGUGGCCUUCUUGGACAUGCUUCUCGUCGAGUCUGAGGAUGGGCAGAAACUAACCGACAAAGAGCUGCAGGAGGAAGUGGACACUUUUAUGUUUGAGGGUCACGACACGACCACAGUUGGCAUGUCCUGGGUCCUCAUCCUGCUAGGGCACCAUCCAGAUGUACAGGAGAGAGUUUACGCCGAGCUGAAAGACAUAUUCCAAGACGAGCAGAGAGCACCGACAAUGCAGGAUCUGAAUAACAUGAAAUAUCUCGAAAUGGUAAUCAAGGAAUCCUUGAGAAUUUAUCCGAGUGUGCCUUUCAUCCAGCGCAGGGCCACUCAAGAUGUACAAAUAGCCGGCUACAACAUCCCGGAGGGGACCACACUGACGCUGCACAUCUACCACGCCCACCGUGACCCCGACCACUGGCCGGACCCGGAGCGCUUCGACCCGGACAACUUCCUGCCGGAGAGGGUGCAGGGCAGGCACCCCUUCGCCUACGUGCCCUUCAGUGGAGGCCCGCGCAACUGCAUAGGCCAGAAAUUCGCCGUCCUCGAAGAGAAGACAGUUCUGUCGUACAUCUUACGCAACUUCCGCGUAGAGACGGUGGAGAAGCGGGAGGACCUGAAGCUGAUAGGCGAGCUGGUGUUGCGGCCUUUCAAGGGCGUCUUCCUCAGGCUGACUCCGCGGUAGGAGGGUGGCUCCUGGUCACAGCCGGGGCGAAGAACUGAACUGCAGCCCAGCGCGACCAGGGCACCAGACGCACCGCGCAAAACGAACCUGUUAACUAACGACACAAUAUACUCGAUCUUUUCAAUUAGACAGAAAGUAGCAUUUCAUCGAUACCGCAGUGUGGGUGAGUUGGUACUAGGGUCUUUAACAAGGACAGAUUAAUUUCUAAGUAAGCGUCUUCUUCAGUGUUUCUUAAAUCAUCUACAUUAUGUACAAGCAUUGGGGACGAUGUUCAGAGGCAAUACCUGACGAAUAAAUCUUGUGUCUUAUCACACAUUUCACCAACAGAAGAACUGUUUCACCAGCAGCGUAUAGUACCUUGAGUGGAGUGUCGGAUGACAAAGAAAUCGCCUUUGCUAACUGGCGCGCCACCUAAAGACAAUAUAAAACGGAAAAAAAGGAGUUUCCCCAUGCUCUUUUUCACUCCUGGACUACACAUUUUAGAUCGAAAACAACGGCAGCGUUCAAAAAAAAAAUAAGAAUAUCAGUCGAACACUGGCUCAUGUACUCUGCAACUGUCAUCUUUGAUGGUGGCAAGGCCUCAUCCGCCACACGUUUUUCAUUUUACGUUUCUGAAUCGAAAGAUAAACGCCAGUUGUCACAAACAGAAGCACUACCUUACACUACCAACUAAAUGUGUGGAAUUCCAACAUGAAUGACAGUGUUGUGAAAACUGUGUCUUUACUUUGCACUGACAAGUAUCAGAUUAAUACUGAAGCUCUGCGUCUUUCACAUCUAAUUUUUGAAAAGUUACAAAAAGCAUGUGGACUUUUAAGAAAUUAAUUUUUUGUACAUUUGAUAUACUCUGCCUCAGUUCUUCGAGAUUUUAAGGAAAACGUAUCAAAGCCCUCUGCUCUUUGUCUCAUUCGCAUAUUAGUUGCUUUAUGGAUGCCAAGAAAAAUACACUACAAUCAGUAUUCACUGUUGAAGAUUACUGGACUAUAUUCUAAAGGUCUAAAUUACGAACAUAUCUAUUGUGCAUGUUUUUGGAGAUAAUGUAUGACAUUUGAUUUUCAUUAUUAAAUAAGGUUAUUUUGAACAGUAUAAAUAUAUUUGUAUAAACGAAAGUAUAUGGCAAAUAAGGAAAGGCAGUAGUACUACGAUUAUAGUUAUAUGAAACUGAAAUUACACGUAAUCUUCUAUGUAUCUUGUAUAUUCAAUACAUACAUAAUUUAUA